UAAUUCACCGUUUAAUUCAUCAACACUCUCAAAUGUUUAAGGGAAAUUAUAAAGACAACCAACACUAGAUAAAGAUAUAAACGUCAAAAUGAUGAAUUAAACAGAAAUUGACAAGAAUUUAACGAAAAAUACUACGGUAGUUAAAUAAGACAUAAACUAGAUGUUAUCAUGUGAAAAAAUUUUACACAAGUACUACCACCACUAACAUUUCAUCAAAUUUUAAUUGUUUUAAAAAUCAAAUUUUCAACAAGAAUAGGUGAAAUUGCUUCGCUUAUCUCAUUGAAUCCCGACACUACAUAAACUAUAAAACGGAAAUUAUAAAUUAGUGACCCCUAAACUCGAGAACCUAAAAUCCUCCUUGUAUUCGCUAAUUCCCUCAUUCUCCUUCUUCUAAGCUUUGAUCAAUGGCGACGGGACUCCUCCGCCGGAAAAUUCCAGCAUUUUUAUCCUCCUCCACAACCAAACUCCUCCUCUCACGUUUCUCCUCCUCAUCAUCUUCCACCCCUACAACCAAAACCUUCUCUAUCUACCGCUGGAACCCCGACAAACCCUCAAAACCCGAACUUCAAUCCUACGAAAUCAAUCUCAAAGAAUGCGGUCCUAUGAUCCUCGACGCACUAAUCAAGAUCAAAAACGAGAUCGAUCCUUCACUCACUUUUCGCCGAUCUUGUCGCGAAGGUAUUUGUGGUUCUUGCGCUAUGAACAUUAAUGGUUGUAAUGGUCUUGCUUGUUUAACGAAGAUUGAAUCAGGUGGUAGUGCUACGAUGAUUACUCCGCUUCCUCAUAUGUUUGUUAUUAAGGAUUUGGUGGUGGAUAUGACUAAUUUUUAUAAUCAGUAUAAGAGUAUUGAGCCUUGGUUGAAGAGGAAGAAUCCUGCGCCUGUACAAGGGAAAGAGUAUUAUCAAAGUAAAGAGGAUAGGAAAAAGUUGGAUGGGAUGUAUGAGUGUAUUUUGUGUUCUUGUUGUAGUACUUCUUGCCCUAGUUAUUGGUGGAAUCCUGAGUCCUAUUUAGGUCCUGCUGCUUUGCUUCAUGCUCAUCGAUGGAUAGCUGAUAGCCGUGAUGAGUAUACUAAGGAGCGGCUAGAGGCAAUUAACGAUGAGUUCAAGCUCUAUAGGUGCCAUACAAUUAUGAACUGUACGGCUGCCUGCCCGAAGGGUUUGAGCCCGGCAAAGCAAAUUCAGCAGAUCAAACAUCUCCAGCUUGCUUAAUUGUUGUUUAGGGUUAAGAUCAAUUGUUUCGAUGUCUCAUUGCAUAUGCAACUUUGAAUAUUCUUUCGCUAACCAGCGUGAUUAUGCAGCAGGGAUAUACUUCAUCUUAUUACUUGAUGUUUUGGAGAACAAUUGGUUACAAAGUGAGAUACAUGUAUUCAUUAUUCAGUGUGACAAGGGGAUCAUAAAUAUUAAUAAAUAUAGGUUAGAUUUUGUUCUGA